CUUUAUGAUUCUUGGUAUAAACGUGCUUUUUAUUCUUGGGAAAUACAGUGAAGUAUAUAGAAAAGUAUGUUCUUUUGUCCUUCAAUAUUUUUCAAGUGAGUUUUGAAGGGGGUCCAAAAGCGGUGGAUAGUCCAUGCAGUUCCUUCAAUGGGCUGUUCCAAUGUUCCCAUACCAGUCUUUGUAGAGACAAACUUGGGCACUCGCCUUGCCGUUCCUGUUUCUCCGGAUAUCACGGUGAAGGAGUUGAAGAGAGAGCUUGAAAGGGCGCAUCUGAGUUGUUUCCCCGAAUUUGGAAGUAUUAGUGUUAAUGCCCUGAUGGUGCAGCGAGAAUCACACUGUUACCACUUGUCUGAGUCUUUGCCUCUCAAGUUCGCUUUUCUGGGUUCAAAUGGUACUUGGUUUCUGCAGAUGGAUGUGCUUUCAUUGAGCAUUCCUGAUCAAAUAGCUAUUGAUUCAGUUGAAAGGGGGGGGUUUAUGAUGUGUAUAGAUAAGAAGAGAACAAAAUGCAAAAGAAAGAAAGUUAAGAUACAGAGAUUUCCAUACCUCAAAGCUGCGGUGCUGAGAGUUCCUGCAGUUGUCUGUUUACUGAAAAGAAAGACGAAAAGGAAGAAUGUGAAGAGAAAGCACAAAGUUGGAUGCCAAGGACAAGGACCUAUUCAGCAGCCUCUUAUUGAAAAGGAAAGGCUGGGUCAAUUUGCCUCUAUAGCUGAAUUAAAUUGGAGUAAAAAGUGUGAUAGUGAUGUGAUUGCUGAGGCCCUUAGUGAUACAUUCUCGGAAUCGGCAUCAGUUUCAGGAAUUAUCAAGAAGUACUUUUCAGAUUAUGAUGAAGUGGCUUCUAGUUCAGGUUUCCCUUUUACCACAGUACGGAACAGACAUAAGGAACGGCUUAACAAUAGGGCUGAUUGUAAAAGCUUGAAUAUUCGGUCUGGUAUGAUGUCACCAGUAACAUGCCACAUUCCCCCUCGAGCAUCUCAGGAUGUGUGGUUGGAGAAGCCCAGUUCUGAAGCAUCGAGAGAGAAACUCAGAGAACCUGAAGUUGGAAAGCGUCUGUUGCUGGCGUCUGAUAGUCUCGGGCUUACUCCAAGUAAUCAACGACCUGCACUCUCUCUCUUCAGGUACAGUAAUGGAAAAUCACCAUUUCACAAUUCGGCAGCUAUAGUUCGAAAUUUUUGUGUUUGAGCUAACAGAUGACAGUGACUGAAGUAAAUGACUCUGGUAAAACUGUGAUAAGAUCCAAUCCAAGUGGAAUUAUCCAUAGGAUGGAGGCCAUGAUUAAAUGUAGUUUGCAGCAAGCCAUUAACCAAACAUAAAUACCCCCAAGAACCCUGGCGAAGAUUCUGAAACACACCAUAUGCUGCUCUUUCCAGGUUCACCGUUUCCUUUUCUGAAGCUGUCAUCAACACGGUUCUUAGUCGCUUCCGGUUAUGAUGAUUUCGGAAAACUAGGAGUUUCACAGGGAGGAUUGAUCAAGUCCUCAGGUGUAAAUAGACGCUCAGAGCUACUUCCUACAUCAGUCGUUUCAGAGGGUUUUCUUUUUUCAGGUUUUACUCAGGUUUUUGUGCACUGUAAAACUAUCAAGCCCCCAACAUGCACUAGCCCCUAGGGGGCUUGAACCAUGGUGAACAAUGAACCAUUUCAUUCUCAAGGUUCAACAGGUUAACAUCGUUUCUGCUUGAUUUUGGCUCGUGCAAUCCACUCUAAAGUUCAACAACAAUGUAAAGUUUUGUAAUUUAGUCUUGACUGAAGAUAUUGAAGCUACUAAAGCCGGACACAACUAAGUCAAAAUCCACAUUUUCAGACCGGAGAGGAGUGUGAAAAUGUCAAGUUUUGGGUAAUAUUUGUUCUUAAUGACUUGGUCACAUGGCCACCCUGAUAAGAUAUCAGUGUCUA